AUGAUUUUCGGUGAAAAUUUAGCAUGGUUACUUAGGCUUUCUUCACAGACUGUGUACUUGUCAAAUUUUUUAGGAACGCCGCAGCGGAGAAUUCGGGACGGAAUAAUGGAUGACUACAACUUUUCAAUUUCAGAUAGUUGGUCAUUUGAGAAUGAUGUUCGUAGUGAGGAGAGUAUCUCCCACAAUAGUCGCGAUUAUACACUAGAAUUUACCACCGACCAGGCGGCAAAUUGCCGAAAUGCAUUCUUGGUUGUGAAAGAGGAGGAAAGUACGAACCGCCACAGAAUCAUGUUGAAGGGCAAUCCUUGCAAAGAAACACUGGGACUAGAAAAUGCGAUUGCCCAUUUCAACUGCGAGCAAAAAGACCCGUCAAACACUACGAGAAUCAAGAGCAUUUAUAACACCAUUUUUUCAAACAAAGCAGUCAAACUAGAGGGUCUAACUCCUAUUCAGUAUGUCAUACGUCAAUUACUUAAGAAACAUUACCUCCAUCAAUUUCUUACAAAUCCGGAUACUAACGAAAUCACAGAUAUUAUUUGGGUUCAUCCUAUGAGUCUAGAGCUAUCUGUCAACUUUCCGUCUGUACUGAUCAUUGAUGCCAUGUACAAGACCAAUGAGUAUCGAAAACCAAUAUUGGAGGUUGUGAGUAUCACAUCCACAUGGCGAACUUACUCGCUUAUGUUCGCUUAUCUUAGUAAUGAGAGAGAAGAGACAUUGACAUGGGCAUUGGAUAACUUAAAAAACUGGAUGCUUCAAAAGGGGGCGUCGAUGCCAUUGGUGUUUGUUUCAGAUCGGGAUUUAGCGCUUAUGAACGCCAUUGAAGCAUGUUUCCCUACGGCACGUCACAUCUUGUGUAUUUGGCACAUAAAUCAGUGCGUCAUGAAGAACUGCAGUCGUGUGCUUGGUCCGGAAUGGAAGCGCUUCAUCAAGUCAUGGCACUCGCUUAUCAAUUCAUCUACACCUUCGUCUUUCGAACAUAAGUGGCAAGCCAUGUGCGACGAUUUUCGCCAGUUCCCGUAUGUCAUAACUUACCUGUGGCAAACAUGGUUAAGGCCGUACAAAGAGCGGUUUGUUUCAGCAUGGACAGAUACAUGUAUGCACCUCGGAAGCAAUUCAAGUCAAAGGGCAGAGUCUGCACAUGCGAGGCUAAAGCUAUAUUUGGGGGAUACUAUGUCAUCGCUACAAACAUCUUUUGAUAAAAUAGAAAAGAUGUUGAAAAAUCAGUUCGGGGAAAUUAAGAAGUUGUUCGAGAAAUCAUUGAACAUUCCACGCCACAAACAAUUGCGUGACGACAUUUUUGAUCAGGUUAGGUGUCGCAUUUCAUUAGAGGCAAUGGAGUUCAUACAUGAUCAGCUAGAAACCACUUUAGAAGUAUCCCCCCACAUUGUUGGCUAUUGCAACUGUACGAUCAAAAUCACACAUGGAUUGCCAUGCAUGCACGAUCUUGCAUAUUAUCGUUCCAUUUCCACUCCAAUUCCGCUAUGGAGUAUCCACGCUCAUUGGACUAGGUUGUCUAUGCACGCAACCGAGUUUAAUGAAGAGGGAGCACGACCUGACAGGACAUCUCAAGUCGUUGAGAUAUUAGAUGGGAUGGAUCCACCUAUGCGAGAGCAUAUCAUAGACAGGAUUAUCGAUAUGGCAGAUCCAUCUUGUAGCACAGUUCGACCUCCAUCGUACAACACAGAACAUAGAGGUCGACCUACAGGAUCAAAGACUGCAACAUCGCGAGUGAGAGGGAGAGGGAGACGUGGGAGGGGUUUUGGGGCUAGCAACACUCAAUUUAUAGUUCCAUCCAUCACUAAUCGCUACAUUCAACGAUUACCUCAGGCUUAUCAGCGUUAUGUUUCCCACACUGUUGACGUGCUUGGUGAUGGUCAUUGUGGAUUCAGGGCGAUAGCUGCACUAAUCGGGUAUGGUGAAAAUGAUUGGAGUCUAGUACGAGAGGAGCUUAUUGAAGAGAUUCGACAAAAUUUUUAUCUAUACAGUGUGAUUUAUCCAGUCAAUGAUUGGCCAAAUCGUCUACUAAUUUUACUGAAUUGGUUAGAGCCUACAGCACCACAAAAUCAUUGGAUGGAGGCUAUGACUUUGGGAGUUGUCAUCGCAAAAAGGUACAACCUUGUACUGCAUACAUUUGAUGAGGAUGUUUACGGUUGUUUUACUCAUUUGCCAUUGAGGUCCCCUCCAGUUCCAGUCGAAUACCGCCGGGAAAUUGCUAUUGCCCGUGAGAAUUCAUCGGAUGAAGCUAAAGGAUGGGCUGCCAGUUAUGAAACACGUUUGCUAUUGUGGUACGAAGUAAUGGGUAUAAGCAUGCCGGGAGCAGCAUUUGGAGGAGAUAUUGAUUAA